AUGCCCGACCCUCUUGCUCUUGACCACCAAACGGUUCGUGCCGUCAAUGGUCCAUCAGUAUGCGUUCUUAGGCGAGAAGGCCAAGAGAACUACUCCAGAAGACCAUUGACAGCUGGAAAUUGGAUGCUCCAAAGGAGCCUACACAGUACAUACGGGCACUCCCUGUGCGGACUGAACGGCUCAUUGGCUCUGCCGAAUCGACGCAGUGAGGGCCAGAAUCAGGUUGACGCAUCGGCGCUUGGACGUUGGACCGCAGCAUUGGAUUUAGCAGUCUUUUCUGGAGCGCCAUCGAAUAUGGCCGCGUCUGUGCGGUUCGUCAAAUGGGCGACAGUGAUAGUGCGACGGGCAUCGCUCUCCAGGAGAAGACCCAGGAGAAGACCCAGGAGAAGACCCAGGAGAAGACCUAGGAUGCGAGACCAUCCCCAGGGUGGACAGGUAACUCCCUGGGGGCAGGCCUCUCGCUGUCACAACCGCAAGAGCGAACUGGCGGGCGCAGGAGCGACGCAUGAUGCAGGCAUCCGCUGUCAAGCCACCAGCCGACCUAGUGAAUCACCCCCUCCUUCGCUCCUGCACCGACUCAGGACCUACCCAGCAAAGCCUGCAAGCCUGCAAGCUUCCAAGCUUCCAAGCCUAGGUAGGUAG